CCGCGCGGCUGGGGCUCCUUCUCUCCCGGACGCCGAACACGCGUUGGCUGGCGGCAGCGCGGCGGGAAUAUGAGCGCCGCUCGAUCCGAGCCGUAGACGAGCGCAGCGCAGCGAUCAUGCAGCAUCCCUUGGAAAUCGGGCCUCCGGAAGUGCACGGGACGCAUCGCUACCGGAGCUUCAUGAUUGAAGAGAUCCUCACCGAUCACCCGCGGCGCAAAGUGGCGGCGCCGACGCGGGAGCUCCUCAAAUUCGGAGUACACGCGAUCCUCUCCGCGCGAGCCUUCCGUCACCAAACGGCGCUGAAGGCCGACCAGGCGGGCCUGCUGAAGUUCCCCCUGACCCCGCUCGGCUCCGCGCCGCUGUCGGCGGCCGCCAGCGCGCCAGCGCCAAACUUCAUGCUCGACCUUCACCUGCGGGGCAAACUGGAGCGGGCGCCCGACGGAACCGGCAAAAGCAAGAAGGGCCGCAGGAGCCGAACCGUGUUCACCGAACUGCAGCUGAUGGGCCUGGAAAAACGCUUCGAGAAGCAAAAGUAUUUGUCCACCCCCGACAGGAUAGACCUGGCCGAGUCUUUGGGUCUGAGUCAACUCCAAGUCAAAACGUGGUACCAGAACAGACGGAUGAAGUGGAAGAAAAUGGUGCUGCAGGGAGGAGGCCUCGAGUCGCCGACCAAACCCAAAGGCCGUCCGAAGAAGAACUCGAUCCCGAGCGGCGAGCAACCGUCCAAGCCGGCGUCGCCCCGCGGCCCCGAAUAUCAGUCCCGAGGCGUCGACGAGGAGCGCCUUUUUUGACUAACCCGUCGAGCAACGACGGCGAUGAACGGCGGUUCCGCUCGCUGGACUUUCGCCUCAAGCUUUCCGAACGAACAAGCGGGCGCCGUAGAAAAAAGAGAGAGAGAGAGAGAGAGAAAAAAAGGAUAUUUUAGACCGAAGCGGCUGCAGUUUGACCUUUUCUACUUGGUGCAUUUCAUCUGUGUAUGUUAUGAAUCCUUAUUAAAUCUAUU